AUGAACCUUGAGUCUCUUAGCAGUCCGACAGAUAUGGACCCACCGUUCAACUACAACAACAAGGUCGACUCAAUCUCGAGAUCCGUCAACGAUUUGGUUGGGGUGACGAGAGAGAUCGAGCCUCCAGUUCUAUGGAACGUUUUCGCAAAAGGGCACAAGGUUUGCCGAAAUGCUCUAUUAAUGGAUCUACAACAUGAAAUCGAAUUCGUGGAAAACCAAGAGCACGAAAUACAAGAUGAGAUACGACUCAUCCCUUUCCGAGGCGCUCUGCAUGCCGUUGUUGUCAAUGUUGACAUGAAGCUCAUGGGUUUCAACAUCGUGACCGAGAAGAAUUGCGAGUUGUCAAUGCCCGAGUUUGAGCGUCCGCAUUUGACACUGGAGCUAUUCGACGAAACCAUGUUAGCUCUAACAUGGCCCAUGUGGCCUCUUGCACUCUCCAAGGACGGUGAGAAGAUUUUCUUGCGCAAGGGCCCAUGUGGCAUGACAUUGCUUCCUUACAUAGUUUGGCCGAGACUAAUUGUCGAGACAUUGAUUUCACCUUAUUUCUGGGACAAGAGGAAAGCUGCGGAAGAAAGCUCGGCUAAGGAACAAAAGAAAAAUGGGGAAAGGGAGCAAGGGCAAAAAGGAGGAGAGCAAGAUGAAGGAGGUAUGAGGGACGAUUUUUCGGUGCUGUGA